AAUCAUGGUCAUGUGUUUUCACCCAUAGCAGUCGACAAACACUUUGCACAUGACCAUUUAACAACCAACACACUCGAAAAGAUGGAGGUGACUUGGUGUGUGUUAGUUUUUGCCUUUUUGUUAGGGACAGCUAGCGGGGACACGCCUGCUAAUUGCACGUAUGAAGAUGUGCGCGGGACAUGGGUGUUUCAAAUCGGCCAAACCGGCAACACCAAUCAGCUAGACUGCAAACAGAUGCCAGCGGCGAUAUCCACAUUGACAGUAGAGUUGCUCUACCCUGAUGUGGCUGUCGAUCAGUUUGGGAAUAAAGGAUUUUGGACUUUAAUUUAUAAUCAGGGAUUUGAAGUUGUGAUACGCAGCAGGAAAUAUUUUGCAUUUUCGAGCUACAAACAAGACGGUAAAAAUGUUACCAGUUACUGCGAUCAAACGCUACCUGGCUGGUCACAUGACACCUAUGACAGAAGCUGGGCAUGUUACACAGGGAGAAAGACGGAGGCACUGGCACCUAAACACCACACUAUACUACCUCAAAAAGUGCAUAAUGACAAAUACUAUACCACUGACCAUGAAAUGUUGUAUAACAUCAACACUAAACAGAGCUCCUGGAAAGCUGGAAUAUACCCAGAUUUUGAAAAAAUGACAGUGGAGGAAAUCCUUAAGGUUGCUGGAGGGAGGAAAUCUAAAAUUUAUGGGCAACCCAGAGCUGUACGGCCCACAGAGAUAGAGAGGCUGAGCAGCCUUAAUCUGCCAGAGUCAUUUGAUUGGAGGAAUCACAAGGGACAAGACUUUGUUUCCCCCAUCAGGAACCAAGAAGCCUGCGGUAGUUGCUAUGCCUUUUCCUCUAUGGGGAUGCAUGAGGCCCGUGUGCGUGUGAUUACCAACAAUACCCAGCAGCCUGUCUUCUCCCCACAAGACAUUGUAGACUGUAGCCAGUAUUCACAAGGGUGUGAGGGUGGAUUUCCCUACCUGAUUGCGGGGAAGUAUGCAGAAGAUUAUGGCAUCGUCCCCGAGUCGUGCAAUCCUUAUAAUGGCAAGGACUCCACGGUUUGCCAUACCAAAGCCUCGUGUAGCCGCAUGUAUGCCACAGACUACACCUAUGUUGGAGGAUAUUAUGGAGCGUGUAACGAGUACGCCAUGAUGACAGCACUGGUGAAGAACGGCCCAAUGUCUGUGUCAUUUAUGGUAUACAAUGACUUCCUGCACUACAAAAGUGGAAUAUACCAUUACACACAGCUAGAGAACCACUUUAACCCGUUUGAGAUCACAAACCAUGCAGUGCUGCUUGUAGGGUAUGGACAGGCAGAGGACACAGGAGAGAAGUUUUGGAUAGUGAAGAACAGCUGGGGCCCAGCCUGGGGGGAGCAGGGCUACUUCAGGAUCAGGAGGGGCAACGAUGAAUGUGCCAUUGAAAGUAUUGCCGUAGAGUCGACUCCCAUUGUUUAGCAAUCUUGUUGCCACUAGUUUGGAGAAGAGUUGUCUCCCAUGGUGUAGAGUCUGGUGUUCUCAUAUAUUUUCACAUAAACAUAAAUAAUUUUUGUUUCCUACAUUAUAAUAAUGAUGCCGAGCAGCCAUAAUCAUGAUGUCAAGUUUUUCAGAAUAGGUUUCAAUAAUGAGAUUAGCUAAUUUCAUCUGUUGCAUAAUGUAUCACACUAUUCAGACAUGUAGGAUAUAAGCUCAAAACAAGUUAGGUAAAGGAUCUUCUUCCACAAGGGAUGUCAUGCAAAGGUCUACACAUUGUGUAUAUGAUAUUUAAAUAGAACUUUUCUGGUAGGGCUGUUGUAUGAAUUAACACAUUGUGUAUAGGUGCGUGUUAAAAAGCUCUGCUUGGUCUGUCAUCAAGAAUUCAACACAUUUUGCAUAGGUAUGUUGUACAGAAUUGUACACAAUCUGGAUAGGUGUGUCAGAAAAGAUAGGUGGGUAAUAGAGCAUCCUGUUCAAGACAGUUAAACAUUCUUUCUAGGCCGAGCUGUCAUACAGAUUUAUUGCAAUGUGUAUAGGUGUAUGUUAUUGAGAAUUUGUGUGCUACAAUAUAGUUCUAUACAUAGCUUACAGGAUUAUAUAUAUGUAUGUAUUCCCUAAUUAUUUAUUUGUAUGUACACAAGAUCACGCUUUUUAUCUAUUUUGUAUUA